AUGGAGUUAGGCAAUAUUGUAAACACGGAAAAAUGCCACGGAAAUAUCAGAGGAAGGCAAAUGCACGCCCUAGGGCUUUGUGGACCGAAGAACAAUUGCAAGAAGCCAUUAAUAAAGUUAGUUCCGGUGAGAUAUCCAAAAGAGAAGCCCAUAGGCGUUAUCAUGUCCCACCAAAGACCCUUAAACGUAGAAUGGCCAGUGGUAAUCUUCAGAAAGGGAGUCUCGGACCAGAAGCAUUACCGCAUAAUUUAUUUUAAAGGUGUUCUAGGGCAUAAAAAUGAAAAACGGUUGGUUGUUCACAUCCAACGAUUGGCAGCGGCUGGAUUUGCUCCUGAUAGAAAUACAGUUCGACGGCUGGCUUAUAAUUUUGCUGAGAAGCUGAAAUUGAAACACUAA